GAGGGCCGUCUACGCUCCUUCCUGCCCUGGGAAAGGAAGGGAAGGAACGGGGAGGGGGCCAUGUGUCGGAAUGUCGGGCCCCUUGGCGAGGCUGGCGGGGAGAGCGGGAAGUGGGGGGGACCGCUGGGGAGAUGGUCCAGGCACCCUGCCCCCUCCCCAACCGCCGCAUUCCAGGCCGGAGCGGCGGGUGAGGUCAUCCCGUCCGGUUCCCCUCGGGCCAAGGCAGCCGGCUGCCCCCUUCCCCGCGGAGCGACGACCCUCCAGCAUUCUAACCCCGUGCCUCCCAGAGGGAAUGUUUUCUGGCCAAAAUCUUUCCGGGACUUCCCAUCCCGACCGCCCUCGAGACUGUUCUGUUCUCGCCAAGCCAUCUGAGACUCACCAAGUUUGAAACGCAUUUUCUGGAUCGGGAGACUGAGGCUCAGAGUGGCGAAAGGGCUGGCCCGCGGAGGCCACAGCUGCGCAACACGCGGCGCAGGGUCUGGAACCGAGGAUUUGGGGAGACCCUGCCGUUAGGCCAAUCAGCCUCGGCGUCAAAGGCUGAUUCGGCUCUAACUUCGGGUCUAUGGUGCUCCCUCCUACUGUCCCCCUUGACGGCCUGAGAACAGGGUCUCCGCUGCCACUGUGGACAACGUGCUAUCCUUUUUCUCGCCUCAGUUUCUGCCUCUUGAAGCGGCUGGACUUUGAGUAGCAUGAAAAGGCAGCCCCCAGGGAGUUAACCCCUUAUUCGGGGAGGCUAGAACAGCCCUAACGGAGACAGGGUCCCUCUGUCCAGCGGUAAGGAUGGUGUUACUACCCAGCUGGACACUUGCCGGAGGGGUGCUGUGAGCAGGGAGUGGCUUCCAGGAUGAGAGGUGGUGCCCCCUAGGGGCCUGCGGGUGACUCCCAGGUGAGCCCUAGGGUGUCGCCACCCCCACCCCCGCCUCACCCUUGCCUCUGCCCCCUCCCCCAAGGCCAUCAGACAGCCCUUGGCCUCCUCCAACCGCAGGCACUUCCACAGUGGCCCCUGUCGGCCUCUCCUAACCGCGAGGUCCCUACUUCCGGCCCCAAACCUUGUCCUUGUGGUCACCACUGCUAUUGAGUAAACUCCUACCCAAGUACCCAGGCCUGACUAUCUGUUGGCUAAACUGAAUCUGCAGGGCUGGGUCUCCUGCCUCCCUGGCCUGCCCUUCUGAGCUCAGCAGCUGGGCAUCUGCUCGGCACUCCUGGAGCCUUCACCCACUCUCCUGCCAUUUACUGUUGAGGUUGGUAGACUCCUGACUUCCCCAAUGGCUCAGCAGGUAAAGAAUGCACCUGCAAUGCAGGAGACCCAGGAGAUGCAGGUUUGAUCCCUAAGUCGGGAAGAGCCCCUGGAGGAGGAAAUGAUAACUUACUCCAUUUUUCUUCCCUGGAAAAUCCCGUGGACCGAGGAGUCUGGUGGGCUGCAGUCCAUGGGGCCACAAAGAGUCAGACAAGACUGAGCAACUAACAACAGUAGAAUCCUGGGGAGGUUCCUGGCCACGCCUCUCUUUUUGCUCUCCAACCUGGGGCAAGUCAGUUUCCUUUCCAUGUCUCAUUUUUUCCGUCUGUAAAAUGGGUGUUUGUGAGCAUUAGCAGGUCGUAGUCCUGGCUUGGUGAGCAAAGAGAGGCCACGUACCUGGACAGCCAGAGCCCUGCUUGCUCCGGGGCCAGGUGGGGCACACCUAACCACCAGUGAUACCCGAUGAUCAGCUUCAAGGGCCAAAUAGGCUCCAUCGAGUUUGGAGCCUCUCCUGUCUCUCCAGAAUGAGAGACAUUAUUAGUGUAAGAAUGUUGGCUUUGAACCCAGCCCUGCUUCAGGAUCCAAGGGUUUAAUUACAGCGCCUUCCACUCUUAAAACUCUCCUGGGAGAGGACCAGCCUUGUUUUGCACGUGGGAGAACAGGUCCCCAGUAGCAGUGCCCUGUCCUUGGCUGCAAAGUGCCACGGAUGUCCCUACAGCAGUGGGCAGGGUGGAGAGCUUCUGGAGGUGCCCAGAGGCAUUUGAGACAUGGGCUUAUCACAAGACUCGGGCAGAAGCUGGUGUCUCAAGUCAAAGUGGCCACAGGGGUGGGGUGGGGACCAGGACCCCUUUUGCUGAGAAAGGAGGGGCUGGGGAGAAGUAGGUGUGGCCACAUGAUGGACAUAGUGACCUUUCCUCAUGACAUUUCAGAAUGACACCCCCCCCCCCAGUUCCCUCCCCUCUGUCCCCAGGUUCAGUCCUCAGCAGAGCAAGGAAAUGGCCCAUGCGAGGUACCUGCCACGUGACCCUGGCCAAGUUCCUUCUCUCCAACCCUUGGCUCAUCCUGUAAAAUGGGCUAACCCUCCAGCUUCAGGGCUGUUGGAGAAUCAGAUGACAUCAUGCAGUGGCUGUCCAACUGCAGAGCGCUUCAUUACUUCAGUAAACAUUCCACAAGGACGUCUUGGUGCUGGGGGUGCCAGGGAAAGGAAUGAUUCAGAUACCCCCCACCCCUGGUGGGGGGAGGAGUCAGGGUUGGGGGAGGAUCCUAUGGUGGGAAGGAAAGAGAAUGCAGUCAGAAAACAAAGCAAGCUUUGUCUUCUUGCCUCCUUUGUUUUUAUCUUGUUAUUUAACCUAUUUUGAAUUUCAAAUAACAUUUGAAGGGCAGUAUUGAGAUUUUUAUGCUUGGAGGUGGCCACAAUUUUUUUUUUUUUAAAGUUGAUGCUCAGAUCUAGGUGUUAAGAAUCAUUAUCAACUUUUAUCAGCUCGGGUCCCAGGUCUGGGAAGGUAAAUGACUUGCCCAAGGACACACUGUGAGGCCACUAAAUCCUCUACCUGCCCUCACUCAGAUGGUGGCAAGGUAUGAAGGUAUGAAGGUAUCACAGAGAACUACUGGUACUGAUUGGGCACUUGGCCAUGUGCAGAGCCCAAGCUGAGCGCUGGAGGGAGGGAGGCAGGAAAAUCCAGGCCCCACCCUUAGAGUAUGUUGCGAUCUGGAGAGACAAGACAGGGCUCCACGGGCCACUAAAAGCCAAGUGAGUCAGAGGCUCUGAAAUGACAUCUCUACUCGUUCUCUUAACAUGACCUUGAAGAAGCUUGGCCUCUCCGGGCCACAAGAAAAUCAAAUAUGGGACCAUAGGUUCAUAGGUGUCCUCCACUGUAUACUCCUAGGGUAGUAGAAGGGGUGGUGUCAAACCAAGGGAAGCUUAGAGAAGAUUGAGAUGGGGGAGGAGGGUGGGGAAGAGAUCAGGACAGCAGGGAGUAGGCAAAGAACAGCUUUUGGCUCCAGCUGAGCUUUUUCCAAAACUUGUUCCCUGGUAACAAGGCCUUGACAUCAAUUUGAAAAAAAAUAUAAUGUUCUUCCUGCGGGCCUUCUCAGAGCCUUGAAUGUGCUCAGACAUGUAAUAAGCAGCUGGAAAAACCACUUUUGACCACAGGAUCCUUUUUCCAGGAAGCAUUCAGAAAGCGAAGGGUUCUGCUGGUUACACAGCAGUUCAUAAAGCCUUCGCCUGUCACCUCCAAGCCUCUCUGAGGGGACGACAGUUUAACCCACCAAGAAGGGAGGUGAUUUAACUCCACCCGCCAGCAGGAGGCAGUGUAGCUCGGGGCUCAAGGGCUCUGGGGUCGGAGGCUCUGCUUCACCAUUGCCUACUGUGUAGCCUCAGGCAAAUCCCUUCAUUUCUUUGGGCUUCAGUGUCUCUUCUCAAGGCUAUAGUGCCUCCCUGGAGGUUUAAUGAGUGAUGAAUAUAAGCCAUUGGCACUCAGUAGGUGCUUCAUCAAUGGGGACCAUGUAAUGACCAUUCAUAGGUUUUAACCAGUAUACAGUUGAAGAAGCGUACAGCUCCAUGAAUUUUUUGUGCCCCCUCCCAGUCUAUAUCUGUUCAAAGGCAAUCACAAUUCUGAUUUCUAUCACCGUUGUUUUGUUUUGUUGUUGUUAGUUGCUAAGUCCUGUCCGACCCCAUGGACUGUAGCCUGCCAGGCUCUUCUGUCCAUGGGAUUUUGUUUCACCUGCUCUUAAAUGUCCUGGAUGUGGAAUCAUGCCCUGUGCCCUUCUCUGUGGGUCUGUUCAGCAUUUUCUCCGUGAUCCUCAUUAUGUAUUCUCUUUAGCUGUUAUUAUUUGGACCAAGAUGCCCCCAGGCCCUCCACUACCUUCUUUCUCUUAGGUCUCCACUCCUGGGCAGGAGAAGGACUCUCCACGUCUGAGGCACAUUUGGUGCCAUCUACGUCCUUGGUCAGAACAUCUGCAGCUCCUUCCACGGGACUGGGAGCCAGGCCUCGGGGCAGACAAGCCAUGGACCCCCCACAGCCUCAGCAUGUGAGGGCAGCACCUUAGCACAGAGGGGCAGCCUCCGUCCACCCUCUCCCACCAAGAAGGAGGGAGCUGAGAAGUGGACCCUUCACCUAGCCCAGCGCCCUCCCCAGGCCCCGGUGGGCAUGUACCAGCAGCUGUGAACAGCCAGAGCCGAUGCCGGGCCCCCAGGGGGCCGGAGGAGCCCCGGCCAUGAACCUGGGCAAGCUCUCACCCGUGGGCUGGGUGUCCAGCUCGCAGGGGAAGAAGCGGCUGACCGCAGACAUGAUCAGCCCCCCACUUGGGGAUUUCCGCCACACCAUGCAUGUGGGCCGCGGCGGGGACGUCUUCGGUGACACCUCCUUCCUCAGCAACCAUGGUGGCGGCUCAGGGACCACCCACCGCUCGCCCCGGGGCUUCCUGGCCAAGAAGCUGCAGCUGGUGCGGAGGGUGGGGGCCCCGCCCCGGAGGAUGGCUUCUCCGCCCGCACCCUCACCUGCUCCACCGGCCAUCUCCCCCAUCAUCAAGAAUGCCAUCUCCCUGCCUCAGCUCAACCAGGCGGCCUAUGACAGCCUCGUGGUGGGCAAGCUCAGCUUUGACCGCAGCCCUGGCAGCUCCACGGACGGCCACUCUGCUUACGGAGUGGACUCCGGGUUCUGCACCAUCUCCCGCCUGCCUCGCCCAGAAAAGCCUCGUGACCGAGACCGUGAUAGCUCCUUCCCCGCUGAGCCUGAGCUUCGACGCUCUGACUCCCUCCUGUCCUUCCGCCUGGACCUCGACCUUGGGCCCUCCCUCCUCACUGAGCUCCUGGGGGCCAUGAGCCUCUCAGAAGGCUCUGCAGCGGAGACCCCAGCCCCGGCUCCUGCUGCAAGUCCCCCAGCCUCUGUUGCAAACCCCCCGGCCCCUGCCUCAAGCCCCUCACCUCGUGGACGCUGCCCCAAUGGGGUAACCACCAGGUUGGGCCCAGUGGCCGAGGCAAGGGCCAGUGCAGUGGGAGAGGGCCCCCGUGUGCCUGCUGGUGAGGGCCCCGGCAGGCACUGGGGAGCUGUCUCGGGUGGCAGCCAAAGCUGCCGCCACUACACUGAGGUGGAUGCUCGGGGCGAGGGGGUGGGGGCGUUGUCCCAGGUUCGGGCCUCCUGGGGGAGCCUGGACGAAGAGUGGGGGGCAUCCCAGGCAGGCAGCAGGACCCCCGUGCCCAGCACAGUGCAGGCCAACACCUUCGAGUUUGCUGAUGCUGAGGAAGACGACGAGGUCAAGGUGUGAUUGGCUGGGCACGGGCUGAGAACCCUGGCCAGCCUCCGGGCACCGCCUGCGAGGAGCCCAGGUGCAGCCCCAGCCCCUGGCGGCUGGGUCUUGCCAAUGACAGACCCCUCCACACCUCUGCUGGACAGACAUGGGAGGGAGGCCAGGGGAGACCAGGCUUGUUCUGGGACCUGGGUGUUCCCCUCGGCCCUGCUCGGCCACUCCGCCUCCCUCCACUGCCACACCGGACCUCCGGACCUCUGGACCCAGUAGCCAUUCCCUGGGCCCACCUUCCGCCCCAGGCCCCCGACCCGCUGGAAGGCCCAGCCUCACAGUGCAGCCUUUGUGUUGGGAAAGCUGCCCUUGCUGGGUGGGGGUGGGGAGCCUGCCACAUAGUGCCUUUGUCUCCUCUCCCAAAGGGACCCUCGGCCCCAGCUCAUCCUGGAGUUGCCCCCAGCAGGGUCCCUCCUGCCUGAGAGCCCCCAAGGCUGCCUCCGCAACAUUCCCACCACCAGCCCCAUGUCCCAAAAGCCUCAGAAAAGUCAGGUGUGACCUCACUGGGAGGGGGGAGGGUCCCACCUUCCCGUGCACCCCAGACCUGCCUCUGGGUCCUGAUUAAAAAGGCUUUUUUUGAUAAAA